GCUUAGCAUAAAUACUUUUUUGCUGGCUUUAAAGUAACGCUGACACAGUGCGGGUCAUAUGGCGACUUUUAACGCUUUUUACUGUGUAGGAAGACCCCUUGUUCACUUGGGUGGAUCCACGGACCUUCAGUAAGCCGACUGGAAGGCUUGCUCACGUAUUCUCAUCAGUAAGGGGACACUCGACCAUGAAUACUACAGAUGUUUUCUUAUUCUAGUUACCUCCCCUGAAUAUUGGUUAUGAUUUAGACUUCUUUACUUAUGUUACAGAUGAAUAAUUGCAUUAAAUAGCUAUGCGUAUGUAUCCGUGAUGAAACAUGCUUUUGAAAUAUACAUAUUUUGUUAAUCAGUUUACAUACGAACACGUUUCCGCUUGAGAAAAUUUCUUUUAGGGGAUUUACCAUGUUUUGUUCGACAAGGAAGAAAUAUAAAUCUUACCGCGCAGUAACUAUAAAUACAUAUCCUUUUACAUUCCACAUUGUGUUUCAUUCAAGUAAAGAAAGUAAAUUCUUUCUAUGAUAUUGUAUUAGAAUAUGACUGAUUGGAGUGUUAAAUUUCAAACAGAAGAAAAACAAAGCGAACGUUACUUCGCGCUUAAGUAUAGACUACGAAUUUUCGAUUAAUUAGAAAUUAGUAUUAGCGGAUUACAAACAAACUGGCGGAAAUUUCGUAUUGGUCUAGCAUAAAAUUCUAAUCAAGUGUUAUAAAAUUCUUUUAAAGUAAGUCAAGCGCACGGCUUUAUAAGUAAAAUGAAUCCAAACCCCGAAAUGAAAAAGAAUGUCGGCCUAAAGGCUGAAGGACAAGCACAAAUUAAGCAUAUCUCGGAACCGUUUGACUUUAAACAUGACCUGCAUAUCGGCCACGAAGAUAACGAGGAAAGACGAGUAGGUAUUGAUGAUCGGCCAGUGUCGCCACCAGCGCCGUGCCCUGGUAAUAAAGACAAAUUAGGAAUUCCAUUGAUGUCUGAUGCAAAUAUUUCACAAGUUAUCAAAGAGGACAUUAUACCGGUUCUACGAUCUGAGAUAGAAGAUAUUAUUGAAGAAAAGAUACGGAAGAUACUCCACGAACACAAUGAUGAAUCCGAAACCCGUCAUUGUAAGACAUGCAGAUGCGCAUGCGCAGGAACGGAACGGCCAAAGCACGAAGAUACAUUCAGCAAUCCCGGAUCUGAUAUAUUUAGCCGGAACCCUGAACCAUGUACUGCUAUUUUCGUUGAAGAUAGUGACAUCAUAAAAACCACAACUGGCUUCAGGAUGAUCGCAGCUACUGACAUCCAAGUGAUAGAAGGUGAAAGAAAAUUCCUGAAGUCUUUUAGCAACCCUGUUUAUCAUCAUAAAGGGCAAACCUUACUCAUACAAACUCGGCAUGGGGCGAAACUUGUAAAAUGCGGCUCAUGUGAUAUUCAUCACGUUAAUGACGAAUCGUCCACAAGAGAUGAUAUUUCCGUUUCCUCACGAGCAAAUACAUCAACUGUACUUGGAAAGUCAAACCAGCCGCCUGCAUUAAAGUCAAAUCAAACAUAUAACAUCAAAGGUAGACGUCUGUCAAAAUCGGAUGAGAGGGAAUGUUUAGCAAAUGCGCUGCAGUGGCAUAUUAAAGAGCUUGUAGAUGGCAUUGUGUUUAAGGACAGCGAAUUACCGGACGAUCUUUUGGCAGACGGUUGCAUUACAGAAGACGAAUGUGCGGACCUAAGAACUAAACUAGAUCGUAAAGACCAAGUGCGUGUCCUUCUGUCUCUAGUAAAAGGUAGAGAUUUUGACGUUCUGAAGAAGUUUUUAAAGCAUCUCAGAUCUCACAAUGAAACUGUCGCAACAAGUGUAGAAGAAAAGUUCGAACAAAAUAAGAAAGAUGGAAAGAGAUGUUCUAAAUGUGCCGUCUGCAGACUCAUUUCCCAAGUUAAUCUCAAGUAUAUUGUAGAUGACCUUUGGAGAAAUAGUCUCAUAGACGACGGCUUAUUUAACUUGAUUGUACAAACGGAAAAACCAGCUGGGGCUCAGGAUGAACUCUGGUAUGGAGUGAUAUAUUCUCUAAACAACUACUGUGUACAGUGCCCAUCUGAUGUUCGCCAUACUCUUGGAAACGCUUUGAGAAAGAAACAUCACUACAACCAUUUAGCCCAAGUUGUUGAAUGGACGAUGUACACAAAUGGAGAACUCAAAUGUCGUUGUGAACUACAAAAUAAGAUCGUGCCAUUUGAAAUAUUUAGUUCAAUGGUAUCAUCAAUGUCCCCUCGGUCAUCCGUAUCUGAGUUCGAAACAGAUUCCCAAAGCGAUGUCAGCCAUAUGAAUGAGCAAACUGAGAAUACUAAAGAACCAGAACAGGACGUCACUAAGCUAAAGAAAAAAGCAUUUGCGGUCGCACAAAGCUUACAAGAUGACAUAUUGUGCAAAGACAGUCAUUCGACUGUGACGGUAUCGGAUCCGGAAUUAGACAGACAUAGUCCUCAAUACACCGCCAUUCCUAAGAUAAGAAGUUCUCCUUUGACGACACUGAAGUCGGAAACAGAAACAAAGAGGUUGCAAACUGAUACUAUGCCCAAAGAAAGUCUUUCUGUGAUGGUGGAAAUUAAUUCUGAAAUUGAUCCAGUAAGGCCGUCAGGUGAUAAUAUGACUAAAGAAAACCGUUCAGCUAUGACGACGACAAAACCUGACCUAGAAAUAACUUCUCAAAAACCACAUUUAGCAAACAAGCCUGUGCCCUUGAAAAGACAAUCUGUUACGAGACAAAAUGCAUUUUUGAAUGAAGAAUGGAAAAUUUCAGAUAUUCGGGAACAUAAAGUAUGAUAUAUUUUGAGUAGGACUUGAUGGUCGUACCCUCAAAUUAAAUACUUCAUUCUAUCAUCUGUACAACGAGGUCAUGAUAGUCAUCAUAACAGUAAAGAAAUUAUACAAACCA